AUGAUUAAGACCGGGUCACGCUCUACCUCCACUGUGCCACCUGAGCCAGUGGAGAUCAUCCGGAGUAAAGUGAGCUCACGCCGUGUGCGCCUGAACGUCGGUGGUCUCCUACAUGAGGUACUGUGGAGGACGCUGGAUCGGCUGCCACGCACACGCCUUGGCAAGCUGCGAGACUGUAACACACAUGAGGCCAUCAUGGAGGUGUGUGAUGACUACAGCCUGGAGGAGAAUGAAUACUUCUUUGACAGGCAUCCAGGUGCAUUCACGUCUAUUCUGAACUUCUACCGCACAGGGAAACUGCACAUGAUGGAGGAGAUGUGUGCACUCUCAUUCAGCCAGGAACUUGACUUCUGGGGUAUUGAUGAGAUCUACUUGGAGUCAUGUUGCCAAGCACGUUAUCACCAGAAGAAGGAGCAGAUGAAUGAGGAGCUGAAACGUGAAGCUGAGACAAUGCGUGAACGUGAGGGUGAGGAGUUUGACAACACAUGCUGCACAGAGAAGCGCAAGAAACUUUGGGAUCUCUUGGAGAAACCUAACUCUUCUCUCGCAGCAAAGGUUUUGGCCAUCAUCUCAAUCCUGUUUAUUGUUCUCUCAACCAUCGCUUUGUCUCUCAACACCCUCCCAGAGCUUCAGGACAUAGACGAGUUUGGGCAAGCUACUGACAACCCUCAGUUAGCCCAUGUAGAAGCAAUCUGUAUUGCAUGGUUUACCAUGGAGUAUCUUCUUCGCUUCCUCUCCUCACCCAGUAAAUGGAAGUUUUUCAAAGGCCCAUUGAAUAUCAUUGACCUGCUAGCCAUUCUUCCAUAUUAUGUUACCAUCUUCCUGACUGAGUCCAACAAGAGUGUACUACAGUUCCAGAAUGUACGUCGAGUGGUGCAGAUCUUUCGAAUUAUGCGAAUUUUGAGAAUCCUCAAACUGGCUCGCCACUCGACUGGGCUACAGUCACUAGGCUUCACAUUACGCCGCAGUUACAACGAACUGGGUCUGUUAAUUCUCUUCUUAGCCAUGGGCAUCAUGAUAUUCUCUAGUUUGGUCUUCUUUGCAGAAAAAGAUGAAGAAGACACAAAGUUCAAGAGCAUCCCAGCUUCCUUCUGGUGGGCCACCAUUACCAUGACAACUGUGGGCUAUGGAGAUAUUUACCCCAAGACUUUGUUAGGAAAGAUUGUUGGGGGACUUUGUUGCAUUGCAGGAGUGCUAGUCAUUGCCCUACCUAUUCCUAUAAUUGUAAACAACUUCUCUGAGUUCUAUAAGGAACAGAAAAGACAAGAGAAAGCCAUCAAAAGGCGUGAGGCUCUGGAAAGAGCCAAGAGAAAUGGCAGUAUAGUAUCUAUGAAUAUAAAGGAUGCUUUUGUUCGAAAUGCAGAGCUAAUGGAUGUAGUGGUGAUGGAGAAGACAGAAGAAAACAUCGCAAAGACAGACAAAGUGCAGGACAACUGUCACAUGUCACCCACCCGCUGGAAAUGGACACCUAAGCAUACCAUCUCGGAAACCAGUUCCAAUAAGUCAUUCACUGAGAAGGAACAAGACUCUCCAGUUAGAGCCACCAGUCCUAUCAGUCCACAACAUCUUAAUGUCCAGAAGCUGGAGGAGAUGUACAGCAAAAUGGCCAAGACCCAGUCUCAACCCAACCUGAAUAGUAAGGAACAAGGUAAUUUAUCAAAACUGGCAAAGAGAAGAGAUGAAUUUGAAAUGAGAAGCAUUCCUGUUAAUCAGACACCCACCACAACAGAAGGUGUGAUGGAUAUGAGAAGCAUGUCAAGUAUUGACAGCUUCAUCAGUUGUGCUACAGACUUUCUGGAAAGCUCAAGAUUUUCACAUAGUCCCAUCUCAACUCAACCUAGCCGAGUCAGCGUCAAUCCCGGACUUGAGACUACCCUUGAACAUGAGACCAUUAAGAAACACGUUGGUCCACCCAAGCCUGGACGAACAUUAUUCUCUGACAGUCCUCGUGGUCUUCGCAUCAGCAAUCCUCUGAAAACAAGGUCUCUCAAGGUCAACUUCUUCUCAGGAGAAAUCACAGGUCCUACUGCAGCCUCAGCUCAGGGGGCAGGCACUGCUGCUCUCUCAGAAAGUUCUGAUCGAUCCACUAUGAGUCCAGAACUGUCUGUCUAUACCACUGCCAGCAGCAAGACUCCACCCAAAACUCCUGAGACACUUGUACCAACUGUUUUCACAUUUCAUGAUGCCUCAAUCAGCAAGUACAUUGAUGCAGAUACAGAUGAUGAUGAUCACCUUCAUGAUGCACAAGGUUCUAGUCCUUCUGAAUGUCUGUUAGGUAAUACAAGCCCCAAGCUCAGCAACAGUUCUUACCAAAGAGGAACAAACCACCUUGAUUUGUCUCAGAGAAUGCUGGGCCAAAACAGUCUGUUCUCCUUGGAGGGACAUUCAAAGGGACAAGAGAAUCAUAUGAUUUCAGGAGACAGAGGACACUCUAAAACAAUAAGUGAAAAUAAUUAA